CUGGGUUGGGUUCAGCUUUUCAUUUUUCAGAGCACCCAAUGAACUUGACUCACACAUGUGUCAUGUAGAACCAAACACACUGACAUUUCCCCUUAAUGGAGUAAAGUGUCUAAAAUAAACUCUACAAACAUUUUUUUAGCAUAUCUGGCAUCCAUGUGAGAAAUAGAAGAGAUGACGUUAAAAGUAAAAGUUACUUUUACUCAAAUAUCUUAAACGCAGGAGAACAUUAGAGAGAAAAAAUCAGGUCAGAUGAAGGAUUUUUUUAGUGAACAACAUCUUGUCAUGAUGCGUCACAAUGUGGUUUCCUGGACAUGUAUUUUAAGAAACUGGUGCACUUAGAGAGUUUGGUCAUAUUUACUCAAGAAUAGAGCUACUGAAAGAAGGAUGAACCAUCAGCCUUUGUAUGGACUAUAUCUCAUUAUAUUUACUUCAUGGACAUCAGAUGCACUUUAUUCAUCAGAGGGCCAUGUUUCACAAUGACUACUGCUUUGGAUCUGAGAUUUUCUUCAAAAAAGCACAAGCUAGUUUACACCUUAGUCCUUGAUGCAGUUGUCAAGGGUUCUGGUCCUGGCCCGUUGACGUUUGCUGCAUGUCUUCCCCCUCUCUCACCUCAUUUCAUAUCAACUCACUUUCGAAAAAUACUGACAAAAAUUAAGGCCAAUAGUGCCUAAAAAAAGCAAGCACUAGGUUUCUUAAACAGGGCUUUAGAUUUUAGUACUGGCUCAAAAUGUAACAUAUAGCUCAAAUGUCUUUGAGUUGAACAGGAAACUAACGAUAGAAAGCCUGUUAAAAGUUAUUCAGUGUAGUUUAAGUUUCAGUUAUUUGUCUAAUCAUAAUUUGCUUCCUAAUUGUACAUCUCAGAAACAGGAAAUAACCAGGAAUUGUUGUAGAAGUGAAACUAAGCUAGAUUACAAACUAUACUUAAAUAGCUGCUUUAAAAUGACUGGGUUCAAGCUUUACUUAUAUUUCUCAUUAAAAACCUAAAUGUAUUUGUUGUUACAAAAAGAUCCUGUGCAGAUGUUUGCUCAACCAGGAGACAGAGUUACUUUGCCAUGUGGUUUACCUUCUGUUGGAUCCUGCUCUUCAAUAAACUGGACAGAGAAGUUUUAUGUAUGGGAUUCUGAGGUGGUGACGGCUGGAAAAGUCACAUAUUUUAAAGAAAACAAGUAUAAUCUGCUAAAGGAUUGCUCCCUGGAGAUCCCUAAAAUGGAGCGUCAUGAUGCCAAGUUGUACACUUGUGAAAGUGGAGCUCUGAAUUCAAGUGUUUCCCUUCGGUUUCUUGAUAUUAAUGAGUCCCAAACAGAGGACACAGUAGAACUUCACUGCUUCCUCAGUACAUUUCUAGGAUAUGUCCCCUGUAAAAAUGACACAGGCAUUAAUAUCAUAUGGACAACUGAGAAUGAUGUUCCAAUCACCGGUAAAAGAUUUAGAUUUGAGAAUCCAUCUGUUUGCUUCUCAAAACUGAUCAUCACCAAGAAAGUGACCGACCAUCACAGGGCAUGGAAAUGCCAAGUAACCCAGAAUGAUGUGGUUAAAGCCAUCGCCAGUUAUAAGACAACAAUAACAGAUGGGCUGGAGGAAGUGUUUGCUGCAGUUGGUGAGUCAGUGUCACUCCUUUGCAGAAACACUUUCUCUCUCAGACUUGAAGACAGCAUAGAGUGGACUCUGAAUAAAAAACCACUGGCUGGCAUGUUACCUGAAAAUGGCCAAACAAAUGUAUUUAAUGUGAGCACAGACUCAUCAUUAGUAAUCAAUACACUGAUUCCUCUGUAUGCUGGAGACUACCAGUGUAUGGGUUCCUCUGAUGAGCAAAGAGUGUUUCACAAAUUCAGGCUGCACACCCUCGAUGUUACUGCAAAGACAGACCCAGAAGGCGAAAAUCUCCCUUUGACCUGUUUGCUUACUUGUGCAAAAGAAUGUGAAGAAAACUUCAACUUAACUUGGUCUGGAAGUAGCCGAGAGGGCUGGCAGGGCAGAUUAUUGAAUGUUAAUAACACCUUGAUCAAUGAGCUUCUUCUCCCAGUUUGGCCAGUUAGCUCUGAUGAAAUAACCUGCUCUGUGUACAGAGAAGGUUCACUGAUGGCAUCAAAAAGUUGGCACUCUGUUAAAUCUCUGCAGACACGUUCCUGGGUUUUAGCCCUACGUCUUGGCAUCCUAAUAGGUGCAGCUGCAGUAGGAUUUUGCACAUUCAUGAUGUGGAAACAUAACAAUAAUGCAGAACCAUGAUCUGAAUGAGGCAGAAAAAACACAAGAGACAGGAGACAACUUAUAGGAGGCACACUCCUCUGAUGAUGUUUCUACAAUUUACAGAAGGCUGCAUGCCAAAGUGAAAUAAACUGUUUUAUGUUUGUUUUUAUUCAUAUACCAUUAUUACUCUUGAAUCUGUUUUAUAGAGAAAAAAUGUUUAGGGUUACCCGACUGAAAUUAAUUUGUUUUUCAAAUUAAAACUUGAAAUUCUUCAUAGCUCUGGCAGAUUUAAAAUAAAUUUAAUUCAACCAAUAAGCUUGUUUCUAAUAGGAAAUGAGACAGACUUCUCUCAAAACCCAUCACAACAAAAUAAGAGGAGCAUCAAUUAUGAAGGAAACUAGUUUACCUCUUUUUAAUUAAUCUGAAUAAAAUGUCUAUAUAUGAAAUUAUUUAUGCCCUUCUCAAUAAUGACUGGACAAAUCCUUAUAGGCAUUACAGCAAUCAGACCCUCUUUACAUUUGCAGAACAGCUUUUUAGAUAUUAACAAUACUACUUUGACGAUUUAUCUUUGGUUAUGAUCUCCAAGUCUUUGGGGUUGGACGGCUUCCUUUUCGUCACCCUAAUCUUUAGCUCCUUCCGAUAGAUUCUUAUCAGUUUCAAGCCGCGACUCUGGCUGGGCCACUUUUGUUCAGAAGAAGCAUUUUGGAUCAAAUUUAAAGACAACUUUUAACUCUUAAUCUGCCAGGCGUAUGACUAAUUGUGGGUUUAACUGUGCUGGUUACUUUUUCAUUUGAGAAUUAGACCAGCUUCAAUUGAAAGCUGGCUUCCAGCUGUGUUUUUGCAGCUCAUUUAACUCAGAUCAGAACCUUUAGAGAAGAACCAAAAACUGAACCACUAAUGUAUGGCAGCUCACACUGGGUUGGGUUCAGCUUUUCAUUUUUCAGAGCACCCAAUGAACUUGACUCACACAUGUGUCAUGUAGAACCAAACACACUGACAUUUCCCCUUAAUGGAGUAAAGUGUCUAAAAUAAACUCUACAAACAUUUUUUUAGCAUAUCUGGCAUCCAUGUGAGAAAUAGAAGAGAUGACGUUAAAAGUAAAAGUUACUUUUACUCAAAUAUCUUAAACGCAGGAGAACAUUAGAGAGAAAAAAUCAGGUCAGAUGAAGGAUUUUUUUAGUGAACAACAUCUUGUCAUGAUGCGUCACAAUGUGGUUUCCUGGACAUGUAUUUUAAGAAACUGGUGCACUUAGAGAGUUUGGUCAUAUUUACUCAAGAAUAGAGCUACUGAAAGAAGGAUGAACCAUCAGCCUUUGUAUGGACUAUAUCUCAUUAUAUUUACUUCAUGGACAUCAGAUGCACUUUAUUCAUCAGAUCCUGUGCAGAUGUUUGCUCAACCAGGAGACAGAGUUACUUUGCCAUGUGGUUUACCUUCUGUUGGAUCCUGCUCUUCAAUAAACUGGACAGAGAAGUUUUAUGUAUGGGAUUCUGAGGUGGUGACGGCUGGAAAAGUCACAUAUUUUAAAGAAAACAAGUAUAAUCUGCUAAAGGAUUGCUCCCUGGAGAUCCCUAAAAUGGAGCGUCAUGAUGCCAAGUUGUACACGUGUGAAAGUGGAGCUCUGAAUUCAAGUGUUUCCCUUCGGUUUCUUGAUAUUAAUGAGUCCCAAACAGAGGACACAGUAGAACUUCACUGCUCCCUCAGUACAUUUCUAGGAUAUGUCCCCUGUAAAAAUGACACAGGCAUUAAUAUCAUAUGGACAACUGAGAAUGAUGUUCCAAUCACCGGUAAAAGAUUUAGAUUUGAGAAUCCAUCUGUUUGCUUCUCAAAACUGAUCAUCACCAAGAAAGUGACCGACCAUCACAGGGCAUGGAAAUGCCAAGUAACCCAGAAUGAUGUGGUUAAAGCCAUCGCCAGUUAUAAGACAACAAUAACAGAUGGGCUGGAGGAAGUGUUUGCUGCAGUUGGUGAGUCAGUGUCACUCCUUUGCAGAAACACUUUCUCUCUCAGACUUGAAGACAGCAUAGAGUGGACUCUGAAUAAAAAACCACUGGCUGACAUGUUACCUGAAAAUGGCCAAACAAAUGUAUUUAAUGUGAGCACAGACUCAUCAUUAGUAAUCAAUACACUGAUUCCUCUGUAUGCUGGAGACUACCAGUGUAUGGGUUCCUCUGAUGAGCAAAGAGUGUUUCACAAAUUCAGGCUGCACACCCUCGAUGUUACUGCAAAGACAGACCCAGAAGGCGAAAAUCUCACUUUGACCUGUUUGCUUACUUGUGCAAAAGAAUGUGAAGAAAACUUCAACUUAACUUGGUCUGGAAGUAGCCGAGAGGGCUGGCAGGGCAGAUUAUUGAAUGUUAAUAACACCUUGAUCAAUGAGCUUCUUCUCCCAGUUUGGCCAGUUAGCUCUGAUGAAAUAACCUGCUCUGUGUACAGAGAAGGUUCACUGAUGGCAUCAAAAAGUUGGCACUCUGUUAAAUCUCUGCAGACACGUUCCUGGGUUUUAGCCCUACGUCUUGGCAUCCUAAUAGGUGCAGCUGCAGUAGGAUUUUGCACAUUCAUGAUGUGGAAACAUAACAAUAAUGCAGGUAUUGCCUCAGUUUUGGAAAAUAGUUUUAGAGCAGCAUUCUGAAAAACAAUACAAAAUUGAUUUCAUAUUUAUAUGCAGCUAAUAAAUUGUAAAGAAUCUAUUGUGCAGCAUUUUGGCCAGUUGAAGUUGUUUUAAAUGUGCUGGAUAAAUAUAAUCAGAAU